CUCCACCUCCGGUUGCCCUUCUCACCUCCCUCCUCUUCCCUGCCCCCCCCCCCACUUUUCAUUCAUCCUUUGCGCACCUAAAGACCUUUGCCAGCCAUCAACUAUUGUGCCUUGCACUCUUUGUUCAUAGUGCCAUCUCAUUUUUUGUUCUAGUAGAGCCCUUUUGCCCCGGACAAUAUCGUGCGUCUGGCGGGUACUAAUCGAGGAACAGGCUCAGCUAUUACGCGGAGCCGCCUGCACUGCUUGAUUCUGUUUGGCUCGCUCACUAGCAUUAUCUGUAUGUUCCUUCUAGCCUACUCCUGCUUUUUUGCCCCAUCUUAGUCUCCCCUGUCCACGGCUACCUGCCGCCUAGCUAACAACCGCUUCUUACUAUCAAAAGAUAUUCUAUUCAACCGUCUCCAUUCGUGACGCGAUAUUUUUCUCACUUGAAAACCCUCAAGAGCGAUCCGGAGAAAAUUAUCGCCGGUUUCAAUUUGUUUCAGAAGGAUUCCUGCAGGGUUGUUGUUUGGCCUAGGCACGGGACAAAGAGGACCAGUGAACUGGAGUCACUGCAAGGCAGAAUCGUGACUCAAACCUGAGACUGACUUUACCCUAAGGACGGGAGGGCAGAGAAUUCAAAUUUUUGUUUUGCUUCUUCGCUGGCCCGGUCCGUUGGCUACUCACCUGAGGCUCUCCGUGACAUAUAAGUAAGAAGGUGGUUGCAUACUGCUUUGUCCGCAUUAUUAUUUUAGACGGGCCAGAGCUGAUUUUGUGGUUCACAGUUUGGUUUUCAAUAACCAAGAAUUACCUUCUCCAGACAUCUCCAGAGCAACUCAAUUUGUUUGUUCCUACCCCUCCACCACCCCCAAGCACAUAAGAUCAGGAUAGGGGAAUGUCACUCCCGGAAGCUUACCUCGACGAAGUCAACGCACUCAACCGCGAGAUACUAAAAUCCAAACCCACGGACGUUCUCCAGUUCUGUGCUAACUUCUUCAAUCGCCGCCUCGAAGCUCAGCGAGUCGAAUUCCUGCUAUCUGCUUCAAAUAACUCUGGGUUUUCCUCUUCAAAUACUUUCGGAGCAAUGCCAAGUUCCUCAGCAUAUGGUGGCGGUGAAAGCCUCUUCCCUGGCUCCGUAGUGAAUCUCGGUGGCCCCCCUUUAGAUGGGAAUCGCGAGAGCCCUUUUUCCGGAACAAUAAGAGAAGAAGAUGAAGACGUUGGACAGAGCCCAACUACCCCUAGCUUCAGACCGGCCGUUCUCGGAGGUCCUAGUAUUUCGAAUCCCAGCCUGGCUGCACCACCUCUAUCACCUGGCCAAUCACUAUUCUCUCCUCGGUCUAGAUUUGCCUUUGGUAAUGAUCAGCCUCCACACCCAGGCUCGUCGCACCUUUCCCCAUCCAUACACCUUUCUCCAAAUUCUGCAUCACUCGAUUUCCCAUCCAACUACAACAUGGGUCGACGAACCUCCGUUUCCGCCGAGUCACUAGUCCCAUCAUCCUCAAAUGAGGAAUGGAAUCCCCCCGUAUACCCGAAGACCCCUGAACAGCUCGGCCGUUUGAAAACAGCUGUGUCUGGAAACUUUUUGUUCAUGCAUUUGGAUGACGACCAAAGCGGACAAGUCCUUUCCGCGCUCAUGGAGAAACCCAUUCCCGGGAAAGGCACCAGGGUUAUCACUCAGGGAGAUGUCGGUGACUUUUUCUACGUGGUCGAGAAAGGCUCUUUUGAUGUUUACGUCAAUAGUGCCGGCAGUAUGCUUCCCGGCCUCGAUGGUAUGGGCAAAAAGGUGAACUCAAUUGGCCCAGGAGGGUCUUUCGGUGAAUUAGCAUUGAUGUACAACGCUCCGCGUGCUGCCACCAUCAUAUCUACAACUUCACAGAACAUCCUGUGGGCAUUGGACCGCGUGACAUUCCGCCGGAUCUUGAUGGAAAACACAUUUAAGAGACGCAGAAUGUACGAGGCAUUCCUUGAGGAAGUGUCAAUUCUUUCCUCCCUCGUCCCAUACGAGCGCGCCAAGAUUGCCGAUGCUUUGGAGCCAUUCACGUUCCAUCCUGGAGAUGUCAUUAUUCAACAGGGUGAUCCAGGCGACAACUUCUACAUCAUCGAGUCUGGUGAAGCGGAGGUGGUCAAGCACGGUGCCCACGAACCGGUCAAUAGGUUAACAAAGGGCGAUUAUUUUGGGGAGCUUGCACUAUUGAAUGACGCCCCGCGUGCUGCGAGCGUUAGAGCAGUAACCAGGGUGAAAGUGGCGACUUUAGGAAAGGAUGGAUUCCAGAGGCUCUUGGGGCCUGUGGCAGAGAUUAUGCGAAGGAAUGACCCCAGGUUAGCUGAGGGCGUUGACCCGCUCUCCAAUGUUGGAAGCCCUGGACCCUCGGGCGGAUUUGAUGGAGGAAAGGAUGUUGUGGAGGAGGCUGCUGGCAGGGGGAGAGCCGUAGAAGUCUAAGGGCAUAAUUGGUUCUUAAGUUUUUUUUCACUUCAAAUGGUGAGUAUCUGGCUUAGACUGCUACUCUAGAGUAGUCAGAGGCUAUUGGUGUUUCCUCCUCUUAUUACCGUCUCCUUGUAACUAUUCUUUCUCACUUUCUUUUUUCUUUUUUCUUUUCGUUUCUCUCCUUUGAGAUUGAUGCCCAUGCAUUAAUGAAUGGAUGGGGGAAGAGCAGUGACACAGAGGGUUAUAACGAAACUAGCAAAAUGGGGCUUUCUUCUUUACCCUUUGUUCCAUUCUUGCCCUGCUUUCUUUUUUUUUGCUGUCCAUUUGGAAAGUUCGCAGUUAUAGAGGUGGGGGGUGUCUGAGGUGGCACGAAGGAGGGAGGCACAAGUUGUCUAUUAAGCAUUCAUCUUGGGCAUAGUGGGGCUGCUUGUUACGCUUGGUUGGAUGAUUAUUGAAAGCCAUUUCCCCCUCUUGCAGUGCAGUGCGGUCGAGUCUUUUGCACAGAGAACAUGGGCGAUAAAUGGUUACUAUAUUCCUAAUAUGAUAUCAGUAUAUUACCUGAUUAUUAAACCGAAUAAAA